UAUGGACCUGUUCUUGUGCAAGAACCCACCGGUGUAGACAUAGCCUAAUUGGCUAAUUCAUGCCACAGCUCCACCCUCUCCCAGGGCUGGGCUUUAACCCUUAAAGGGCCAAUGCAGGGCACAGGGGGAGGACCUGUGGCAGAGCUGGGGGGCUGAGGGUGGAAGUGUGUCUAGCACUUGUCUGGUACAGCAUCAGUAAAGACCUAGAAGGGGCUCCCUGCCAAAGGCCUCCUGCCCAAACCCGGUCCCAGGCCCCACUUCCUGCCCAGGGUCGUCUCCCCACCCCAUUCCUUGUGUCCCCUGGGGCUGUUCCCACCCCCAACCAGUGCUCUCCUGGAGUCCAACUGCAUGAAGAGCAUGCCUGGGGAUUUACCCCUCUCUGCUUCAUCUCCUGGCCUUCCCUCCUCACGUCCUAAUGAGCUUACACAGUUGAGGAUUACAGGAGAUUUGCCUUCUGCCAGGCAGCGGCUGGAUGGGACUCCCACGGGCGCAGGGCAAAGCACUGUGACCAGGGGCAGGAGCAGAGGGAAGGAGACAGAGACAAGCCAGACUAGGCUUUCUGCCAUGGCCGUGUCACUGCUCCUGCUGGAUGAGACAGCCGGAGACCUGCCUGUCAGAGACAGCAGCCCAAAGCGCUCAGUUCAAGACGUGUCGGCCACUGCUCACCCCACAAAGGCCCAGGGACUGAAGACUCGGAUGAGAGCAUCAGUGGCAUGGACGCGGCAGCAAGUGAGCCAGAUGAGCCAGGCCGAGCUGGAGGAUGGGUUUCUGCGUCUACAUGAUGAGAACCUGGUGCUGAAGGAAUUUGCCUGUAAACAGGAGGACAGGAUCAAGAGGCUAGGCAGCAAGCUGCUGAGACUUACCCAUGAGCAAGCCGGGCAGCAGGGCCAGGUGGUCGGGCCGGGAGCUGGAGCGGGAGGCAUCCCUGGAGGAGCUGCAGGAGCGGGGAUGCGGGAGCAUGGGCCAAAGGCCAGACCUACCCACACGGCUCCCCCCCGCUACAGCCAGCACAUUGCAGAGGGAGCAGCAGCCCACACUGAGCAAAUCCACGUCCCUCCCUCACCCAGCACCACGGAAGGGACAGUGGCCCCUGAAUCCCAACUCCUUGUGCUGGCCGAGCUGCAGCCUGAGUCCCAACGCCUGGCAUGGGGAAGAGAGAUGGACUUUGGAGAGGCCCCAUCCCAGCACCAGCAGGCCCUGGAGCAUCGAGCCACCGUGCGCAGGAAUGUGGGUCUGAUCCGGCUGCAGCGGCUGCUGCAGGAGCAGAGCUGUGAGCUGGCUGUGAGCAGAGGCCGGUUCGCUGAGCUGCAUGAGGCCUACGAGAGCCAGCUCCAGCAGUGGGACCAGAUGUCCUUUCCCCCUGCCCAGGAUACAGUCACUCUGUAUCAAGCCCUAAGGAGACAGCCCCCACCCCCUUGCCCCUGGCUUUCCCCCUCAGUUCUAGGUCCCAGAAUCCCUGCCACGGGGGGGCACGCACCCCUGCUGUCUUUCUUCCUGUCCCUCCCCCACCAGAAGCAGGAGAUGGUGAGAAGCACCAGCGAGGCCCUCCUGGGCCAGGUGGAGGAACUCACUCUGCAGCUGAAGGCAGAGAGGCAGAAGGCGAGGGCACUGGAGAGCCAGAAGCAGAGCAUCUCAUCUCUGCAGGGGGUCCUGGAGGAGUUUCAGGAGAGAAUCCGGCACCUGGAGAAGGAGCGAGACCUGCUGAAGGAGGAUUACGAUGCACUGCUGGAGAGCAGUCUGGCCCAUGAGCAGCGGAGGGGGGAUGUCUCCCGGCUCGAGGAGCAGCUGAGCUUGGUGUUGGCAGAGAAGCAGCAGCUGGCAGAGGAGCUGGCACAGGAAAGAGGUAGCAGACUCCAGGCGGGUGGGAAGGGCCGGGGCCGGGCUCCAGGCAGGCGGGGAGGGCCGGGGAGCUGGGGCUGUGGGCCGUGGGCCAAGCCCCAGGUGGGCACGAGGGGCCAGGCCGUAGGCCGAGAUCCAGGCAGGCAUGUCACUGUCACUCGUGCCGGUCAGGCCGAGCUGCAGGGUGUGCUGAUGCAGGCGGAGCGGGACACGAGGGCGCAUGAGGAAAAGCAGCAGAAAAUGGAGCAACUGCUGGAUCUGCGUGGCACCCGCAUCCACCAGCUGGAGGAUCAACUGAAGGUUCUGGCUUAUGGGGGACAGCUGCGGGUCCGGCCAACUGAGUGUGCCGUGGCUGUGGAGGAGGAGAAGACCCCGCUGCUGCAGAGUGGGGAGAGCCUGCUUGAGCUGCACGUAGCAGGGGCGGUGCUGUCCCAGGCGGCCCUGCAGCUGCUGGGGGAAGCUGAGCCCCUCACCUUCUGCACCUAUGCCUUCUACGACUUUGAGACACACUGCACACCAGUGGUCCGUGGGGCCCAGCCGCGCUACUGCUUCACGUCUCAGUACGUGGUCCGGGCCGAGCCCCUCUUCCUUCAAUACCUGCAGGAAGCCGCUGCCCGCCUCAACCUACACGUAGCCACGGCCGCCGACCACCGCACGCUGGCUUCCUGUUGGCUGCGCUUUGGGGAGAGGCUGGGCAGCGGGGAGCGCGUGUGCGCCACAGCCGUGCUACAUGUGCACACUGCCUGUGCCCUCCCUGCCCCCCCAGGCCCAAGCGGCGAGGACUGUGGGAUGCUGGAGUACUGGAUGAGGCUGCGCCCCAAGGCCCUGGGCUACUUCCAAGCCUGCGUGCCCCGGGCCAGGGCAGCCCAGCGGAGCAGGCAGCAAGAGCUGGAGGGGGGCCCGGAGCUGCUGUGGAAUGAGCUGCAGGUACAGAUCAGGGGCUGUGCUGGCCUGCGGGGUCGCUGGCUUGGCAGCCCACCCAGUCCCUACGUCAUGUACCGCUUCUUCACGUUCCCCGACCAUGAUACGCCCAUCGUCCCCUCCAGCAGCCACCCAUACUUCGGCGACCUGCGCACCUUCCCCCUGCGCCCCACAGCCCAGCUCAACCGCUAUCUGCGGCUGGAGAGCCUCCACGUCUACGUCUUCGAUGAUGAGGAUGCUGAGCCCGGGUGUUACUUGGGCAAAGCCCAGAUCCCUCUGCUGCCUCUGGCCCGCGGGCACAGUAUCACAGGUGAUUUCGUCCUCACCGACCAGGCCAGGCACCCCACUGGCUCUGUCAGCCUCAGCCUGGAGUGGAAGCGUCCGUAUCUGCCCCCGGGGCUGGCCUGGGCCAACGAAAAUCAGCGCACCAGCCCCAUGGAACAGCUCCUUGAGAACGGACAGGCUGCACAGCCCAGCCAGCUACCAAGGGGUGGGAGACACUGGGCCCAGCCAGCAAGUAGAAGAGACGAUUUAGAAGGCGACACAGACACAGCAUACAACAGAUUUGUCAGUGCAGGAACCAGAAGCAAUCAGGACAAUCCAUCUUGGAGAGAGAGGAUCCCACUGGAGACCCCAGCAGCGAGGGAGGCCCAGGCUGGCGAGGAGGAAGCAGACCAUGCAGCGGAGGAUGGUGAAAACCUGGCCAGAGGCCAGCACUUGGAGCCCAGAUCCCUCCAGGACACAGCCCGUGUGGAGGCCUGUGAGCCAGCGCUGGACAGCGACGCACAGACCACAGACAGCGACGAGAUUGUGGUGGGGACCCACCUAGGCAGCCCUCCAAAGGCGGGGAUCCGCAUUGAGAUUGUCUCUCUGCGGCUGCACCCUGCAGCCGAGGUGCUGGCCAGCGAGCAUGUCCAGCAGCUCUACGUGGAGUUCCACUUCCCUGGGGUGCCCCUGGCCGAGACGGAGACGCCCCUGUCACUGCGCAAGCCCCAGAGCGGCGAGGAGAUCUACUUCCACUUCAGCAAGGUGAUCCUACUGGACCCAGAGGCGGUGAGCACUCAGCGGAAACGCCUCUUCUCCAUGCUGCAGGCAGAGGUGGCUGGGCAGAACUGGGGCUUGGCCAGUCCCUUAACGCAGCCCUGCGGCUAUGAGAGAGCAAAGCAAAGUGCUGGCAGGGCUGGACUGGUCCCAGCUCCGGGACAAGUUGGUUCCACACAGGCCCCGCGUGGCUCCCACAGGAGAGCACCACACUGGAGGGGCCCCAGGCUGCAGUUUGUGGUGGGGAGGGAGCCCCUGCCCGGGACCAGAGGCGAGUGCGAGGACGUGGGCUUUGCCUACCUGGAUCUGCGGGAGAUCCUGCUGUCAGGCAGCGACGUGCUGGAGCAGGAGCUUGAGGUUGUCAGCCCUCAGGACCACUCUGCCAUUGGGCGGCUGACAGUCUCCGUGGAAGCAGCCGCUGCCCUCCGUGACAUCUACUGGGAGGGGAGGCGAAAGGCUGAAGAGGAGGAAUGAGGGACCCACCAGCCCUGCAAGGACUUGGGACUGGUGCACUGGGCUCCACCUACGUUCCCUUUACUCUUUUCCGUCCAUGUGCAGAACGCUGUUCUCCGCAGCAAGGUGUGUGCGGAUGUGCACCACCAGGAGAAACAAAACCUAAGAUGGGGGUGCCCUGACC